AUGGAUAAGCAGAUCAGAUUGCUGGAAAAUCCGUUUGCAAAGAGACACACAAAGGAUGCCCCUCGGUAUGCUCUCACGGUGCUGCCCGAGUAUUGCCACAAAAUCUUGCACGAGAACAAGACAUGGGAAAUUCGUGGUCAGAAAUGCGCCAAACAUCUCAACGAGCGCAUCUGCGUAGCAGAAUCGGGUUCAGGCAUGUUGGUGGGCGAGAUGGUCAUAUCGGAAAGUCGUCUCAUCACCAGACAGGAACUCGAGGAGAAUCCGGACAAGCACCAAAUCGAGAACCUGAGCUUGGUGCGCUACAAGAACAUCUAUGCGUGGACGGUUACCGAUGUAGAAGCCUAUGCGCAGCCGAGGCCUUACGAAAGACCCACGGGAGCCGUCAAUUGGGUAGACCUGCAGUACUUCACUUCGGGAAAAUCCGCAGCGCUGCAGUGCGCCAACGAGGAGUGCACCUUCGGCAUGUCUGCAAGGAAAACUCGCGGCAAGCCGUAUACAUGCUCGACCACAGGCACCGCAUUCGACCGUUGCAUCUUCUGCAGCAAAGAUGCCUUCAUAGCAGCAAUGAAAGACCACAGCGGUCAAACCAUACGAAGAGCACUCGAUAGACUCAAGAAAAAAGACGUGCUCGUUUACAAUCGUGCACAAGAAGUCAUUCGUGACGUGCACGGACAAGAGAUGGUCAGCAAACUGGGUCCAAGCAAGCGCUGCAGGAAGAAGGCGAAGAAGGAGCAUGCUUCCUGGGCAGAAGUCUUGCAGGCAAGAAAACCUCAGGUGCACAAAAAAAGCAACGAAGCCGAAGCCAUUCUUCAAGACAUACAGAAAAGACAACACGACCGAUUGAAGCGAAAGUUCCCAUCUGUGUGUGCAGAAGAGGCUCGCGAAGUGUCCGAGUGGAUGCCGCCCCGAAGCGCGGCCUUUCGAAAGUGGUGCCUCUGGGAUUCGUGGCAGAUGUGCUCGGAGUGCAGCCGCAUGGUGCCGACGGACUACCGCAGAAGCCAUGCCAAAGGCACCGCAAAGGGCGACCCGCAGAUCAAAGCAUGCAGUCACUGCAAGUCCAAUGCCGCACAGGGGUACUGGGCUCCUACGCCGGAAGAUGUACCUCGAAGACUGCGAAAACUGUCCGCGCAAACCAUAGAGGCUCUGAGACCUUUGCAGAUUCAUCCGACCUUCAAGAAGCCGUUCCGUGCACCCCACGGCUACCUCGUUCAUGCGGACAUGAUGCAGUUCUCCUUCAUGCCAAUUUCGGUCGAAGAGGCCCUGACACGUCUGCCAAGAAAGGAACGUCGUCGAGGAGAGAAAGCAUUGAGCUACUUAAAGCGUUCAGAUGGCACCCCGGACACGUCAUCCUACGUCGACUUCUGGAGAAUGCAUCAGAAGUUCUUGCGACACAGAGAACGUGCAAUCGAGAGAGGAGACAUCUGGGCCGAUGCCCCGGUCAAGAGAAUGCCAGCCAACUUCAUCGAGACCGCAGGGCUGGAAUGCGCUCUAUGGCCGCAUCUUUAUUGGAACAAGAAGAUGACGGAGACCUACGUGCGAUCGCAGGAUGCAAGGAGAUUGAAUCGCCGACGACAGACCAUGGAUGCAGAUGAAGAAGACGAAAUGCGAGAAGAAGAUGCAGCGUGGCAGCCGGCAGCAACGAGGCAAAGCGCCAAGGCUAGCUUCCUGGCCAAGGUGCACUCGGCCGUCAUCGGGUACAACUCCGAUCCACAGCUGUUGCAAUUCGUGUACGACCUGUGGCUCUUCACUACCAUCGGUGGAGCCAAGAACGCAUCCGGCGUGGGCAUCAGAGAGGCGCUGGCAAACAAGCCUUAUUCGCCUGAAGUCUGGCGUACUUAUCACACGGCCCUCGUCGACCUCCAAAGACAAAUCGGGUGGCCGAGUCUCUUCAUCACCAUAGCCCCCUACGAAUGGUCCUUCCCGUAUCACGCCUGGAUGGAGGACCGCGUAAUGUCGCGUAGGCCCAUAACUGUAACCGAACAAAACGACCUCAACAUAAUUGAACAUAUAAUGUUAGAAAGGUUCGACAUCCGUCAACCUGGAAACGGACCCCGUCAGGAUGAGCUUGCGAAGAGCCUCAAAGAGCGUCUUUACUUACCUGUAUCGGAGACGCUGCAUCUUGCACACGUCCUGACGCAAACCGUGAAAAGCUUGCUGGCGGACACUAAGCAAGGAAUCUUCGCCGCAGGACCCGAACAAGGAAGCGUCGUGUACUGGGUGGCCAGACUCGAAUUUCAAGAUGGAAUGCGGAAACGCAGAGUCCACAGCUACCACGGCCGGGGAACGCCGCACGCACACAUACUUCUUUGGCUUCGAGACGUACAGAACGUGAACUUCGCGGACAAAAUCCAUGCGCACCUGCCAGAAGAAGCAGAUACAGAGAUGCUAGACCUUGUGAAAGGUUCGCAACUGGAUUGGCAAAUGAGUGGUUGGCCCGUGCGCGAAGAGCCGACCGAAGUGACCAAGUCGGGAACGAUACAAUUGUAUCAUCCGAAGAAAGCCCAUGCACAAAACUGUCGAGCUUACUUGCCGGAUGUGCUUGCAGCUCUGAGAUGUCACUGCGAUGUGCUAGCAUCCGAUGGCCGUGCUAUGGUGCUGAAGUACUGCGUCAGCUAUCUUCCAAAAUUCAGCAGCUCCUUCGCCCAAGAGUUGCUCAACAACCACGCGACCGACUUCUCCUUGGCACGUCGCAUCUUGGCAGAUUAUCAUCCGCUCCAACCCGAAAUGAUCAUGCAGCUAGCCGCUCAGCAGCACUCUCAAUUUCUGUGUCCGGGACUCGUUCGAAAGUUCAUCGUGCCUCUGCCGUGGCAAGAUAGGGAGAUGCCGCAAAUCGUGCGUGCCUACAUGGACUGCAACUGGCGCAGGGAGAACAUGACGUUGCUCGAAUUCCUGCGCAAGACAGGAGCACAAGGGCAGAUUUCUCAACGUUUCCGACGACUACAUGCCGCGCAGAAAGUGCAGAUCCCUUUGGAAACCUGGAUCAAUCACGUGCCUGCCCACGGGCAAAGUCUGGUGGCGGCCAUCACAAACGCUCGAUCCAACGACAAAUACUUCGGCCAAUGGUUGCUUCUGAACGUCCCGUUUCGACACACAGACGAACUGUGGCAUGCAGAUGCAGAACUUCUGCCGCAGAGUCUUCGACACCGCGGACUGUGCCUUCUAAAACGCCCCGCUUUCUGGCGAGACCAAGCCAAUCCAGCUAACGACAUGGAACAUGAAGCUCGAAGUAAUCUGGAUAUACAGAAUUUCCUCAGCAUGCUGGCCGCACGAACGGAAAUGGUGGACGCAUAUCUAUCAGGAGACCUCACCAAGACCGAGCAUCCAGAUCCAGCCCUGUAUGGUACAGCAUCCACCUCUAUCGGAAGCAUCAACCUCGCCGCGGAGCAGCAGACGAUCAUACAGACCAUCACAGCUCGCGUCAAAAAGGCAAUGCAAGCCAAAUGGCCAGAUGAUGCAGAUGAUCUGGAGGCAUGGAAUACGUGGCUAGCACGAAGAAAUCCCUUCCAGAACAACGUCUCUGUGGUGCUGGGACCUGCAGGAAGCGGCAAGAGCACGGCGGUAGAAACAGCAUUGAAGCAGGCCGUCCAGCACGGAGCACACGUGGGAGUGGCCUGUCCGACGGGGAUGCUUGCAACCCAGUACAAGACACGUCACCCGGACCUCGACAUCGACACCGCGCACGGCAUGUUCGCCUUUCACAAACCAGAAGUUCAAACCUUGGAGAUGAUGAAGAUCUAUGACAUGGUCGUGAUCGACGAGGUAGGACAGCUCUCCACAGAACAAUUCGAAAGAUUGCUGAGAUUGUGGGGUGCAGCAGAUCGUCGACCCGCCCUGGUGUUCGUGGGCGAUUUCUGCCAGCUCACCGGCGUCGACGGCACCACUGCCAGAGAAAGCCAGAGAUGGGCGGAGAUGCACAUCAUGCAGCUGCACGAGAUGCGAUGCUGCAAAUGCGAGAAACUAAAAUGGAAGCUGCAGCUUCUCAGAAGCGCCGCCCCAUCCAAGCAGCAGCUCAAGAAGAUCCUGAAGAACCACCGAGCCCCAACAGACCACCAGGGCAACAACGAGCCAACAGCUGAGGGUGUGGCCCGGAUACUCAACGAGACGCCGAGCACCACCUUCUUGACGAACACCAGAGGUGCUUCCAAUGUAUUGAACCAAUACGCAGUGAAGGCACUUUUCGCGGAGUCCGAACCUCCUGGAGGACGGAAUGACCUUUAA